UGGGUGACAGACAGACCCUGUCUCAAAAUAAAAUAAAAUAAAGAAUGAAAAAAGAAAGAGGGAGGGUAGUGGUAGCCCAGUCACCAACAUGUUUCAUUAUAAGAACUCGAGAAGGGCAGGGCAAGAUCGUGGCUUCAUAGCCAGGUCAGCUGCUUACCAAGAAGAAGGAAGGAAGUGGCAGGACAAAUUUAUUGGGACCAGAUGGGAUGACCAGGGCACAGCUGCCCCUUCGAAGGGGUGUGUGUGUGGAGGAUCAAGACCUCUAUUUCCCAAAUACUCUCGUCUCUCUAUCCCACAGUGACCUAUGGUGCCGGCUGUCAGGUCUUUGUCCACUCUGUUUGCCCCUGCUUCCUGGCGCAGGGAGUCUGUGUCCUCUCCGGUUCCCCAGGUUUGCGUGAGUGGAGAGGGAUCACGAGCUCCCGAUGCCUCUCCUGCUCUACAGGCGAACUUGCAGAUGGCCCAUGGCGCAGGAUCGAGGCUGAAGCCCACUCCCAACCCCGCGCCCGAACUACCCGGACUAGCGGGGUGACGCUGCACUCUGCGCCUCUAAAACGAACAGAUUAACCCCACUCUUGGGAACUGAACAUGCUGACCUGGCCUCUCCCGGUUCCCUCCGCAUCUGUAACCCCGGGGCAGAGUUACGGGGGCUGACUGGCCGAACCCAGGUGCCCUCGGGGCAGGGUGUGUUAAGAAUUGGUGUGCGGGUUGCACAAAGGUCCUGGUCAGCUCCUGGUCACCUGAGGCCCAAGAACUGUCAGGCACUCACUUCCCCUCUUCUUGCUUUAACCGGGGUCGCUCAGCAGCAGCGAGCGCUGCACCCCUUAUCCUCUCUCUGUCUUGUCCGUUCCAGAUCCUCCAGGUCAGGGCGUCGCCAGGUGAGGGCUGCGCAGCGCGGAUUUCGGGUACUCAGGGCUGGGCGGGGUACACAGCAGCGGCGAGGUGGGUCCCCGGGUGGGCGACUGAGAGCCCGGAGCCAGGCGGCGAGAGCCCAGAGAGCUGAACCUGCAGCCUGGACCUGCAGCGACCGUCGUACACCAUGGGCCUCCACCUCCGCCCCUGCCGUGUGGGGCUGCUCCCGGAUGGCCUCCUGUUCCUCUUGCUGCUGCUAAUGCUGCUCGCAGACCCAGCGCUCCCGGCCGGACGUCACCCCCCAGUGGUGCUGGUCCCUGGUGAUUUGGGGAACCAGCUGGAAGCCAAACUGGAUAAGCCGACAGUGGUGCACUACCUCUGCUCCAAGAAGACCGAAAGCUACUUCACAAUCUGGCUGAACCUGGAACUGCUGCUGCCUGUCAUCAUUGACUGCUGGAUUGACAAUAUCAGGCUGGUUUACAACAAAACAUCCAGGGCCACCCAGUUUCCUGAUGGUGUGGAUGUACGUGUCCCUGGCUUUGGGAAGACCUUCUCACUGGAGUUCCUGGACCCCAGCAAAAGCAGCGUGGGUUCCUAUUUCCACACCAUGGUGGAGAGCCUUGUGGGCUGGGGCUACACACGGGGUGAGGAUGUCCGAGGGGCUCCCUAUGACUGGCGCCGAGCCCCAAAUGAAAACGGGCCUUACUUCCUGGCCCUCCGCGAGAUGAUCGAGGAGAUGUACCAGCUGUAUGGGGGCCCCGUGGUGCUGGUUGCCCACAGUAUGGGCAACAUGUACACGCUCUACUUUCUGCAGCGGCAGCCGCAGGCCUGGAAGGACAAGUAUAUCCGGGCCUUCGUGUCACUGGGUGCGCCCUGGGGGGGCGUGGCCAAGACCCUGCGCGUCCUGGCUUCAGGAGACAACAACCGGAUCCCAGUCAUCGGGCCCCUGAAGAUCCGGGAGCAGCAGCGGUCAGCUGUCUCCACCAGCUGGCUGCUGCCCUACAGCUACACGUGGUCACCUGAGAAGGUGUUCGUGCAGACGCCCACGACCAACUACACACUGCGGGACUACCGCAGGUUCUUCCAGGACAUCGGCUUUGAAGACGGCUGGCUCAUGCGGCAGGACACAGAAGGGCUGGUGGAAGCCACGAUGCCACCUGGCGUGCAGCUGCACUGCCUCUAUGGCACUGGUGUCCCCACACCAGACUCGUUCUACUAUGAGAGCUUCCCUGACCGUGACCCUAAAAUCUGCUUUGGUGACGGCGAUGGUACUGUGAACUUGAAGAGUGCCCUGCAGUGCCAGGCCUGGCAGAGCCUCCAGGAGCACCAAGUGUUGCUACAGGAGCUGCCAGGCAGCGAGCACAUCGAGAUGCUGGCCAACGCCACCACCCUGGCCUAUCUGAAACGUGUGCUCCUUGGGCCCUGACUCCUGUGCCAGGCAGGGCUGGAUGGCUCAGCUGUGGACCUGCUCUUGGCCUCUGGUGCUGUCAUGGCCCAUGAGUUUCACAGAGUUUGUGACUGACUAUUCAAGGCCCCGAGUCUUGGACUGUGAAGCAUCUGCCGUGGGGAAGUGCUGUUUGUUAUCCUUUCUCUGUGGCAGUGAAGAAGGAAGAAAUGAGAGUCUGGACUCAGGGACACUGGAUGGCAAGAAUGCUGCUGAUGGUGGAAUUGCUGUGACCUCAGGACUGGCUCCACAGGGUGGGCUGGCUGGGCCCUGAUCCCAAUCCCUACCUGGGGCCGUGUGUCCCCCUACUCCUAUGGGCUUUUCAUACUUGCCUACUGGGCCCUGGCCCCGCUGCCUUCCUAUGAGGGAUGUUACUGUGCUGUGGUCCUGUACCCAGAGGUCCCAGGGAUGGGCUCCUGGCCCCUCGGGUGACCCUUCCCACACACCAGCCACAGGUAGGCCUGCCACUGGCCAUGGGUAGCUAGAGCUGCUGGCUUCCCUGUGGCUUAGCUGGUGGCCAGCCUCACUGGCUUCCUGGCUGAGCCCAGUAGCUCCUGCAGGCAGGGGCAGUUUGUUGCAUUCUUCAUGGUUCCCAGGCCCUGGGACAUUUCACUCUACUCCUACCUCCCUUACCGCCAGGAGCAGUCAAGCUCUGGAUUGGGCAGCAGAUGUGCCCCCAGUCCUGAAGGCUGUGUCCCAGGAGCUCUGAUUUCCUCAGAUGUGCUGUUGGCCCCAGGACUGAAGCUGCCUCCCUUCACCCUGGGACUGUGGUUCCAAGGAUGAGAGCAGGCGUUGGAGCCACGGCCUUCUAGGGACCUGUGGAGAAAGGGAAUCCAAGGAAGCAGCCAAGGCUGCUCGCAGCUUCCCUGAGCUGUACCUCUUGCUAACCCCACCACCACACUGCCACCCUGCCCUAGGCUCUCACUAGUACCCAAGUGGGUCAGCGCGGGGCUGAGGACGGGGCUGAAUGGGACCCUGAGAGAGCCAGGGGUCCCCUGAGGCCCCCCUAGGGGCUUUCUGUCUGCCCCAGGGUGCUCCAUGGGUCUCCCUGUGGUAGCAGGCAUGGAGAGUCAGAGCUGCCUUCAUGGCAGUAGGCUUUAAGUGGGUGACUGGCCACAGGCUGAGAAAAGGGUGCAGCCUCUAGGUGGGGUUCCCAAAGCUGCCUUCAGGCUGGACUGAGCUGCUCUCCCACAGGAUUUCUGUGCAGCUGGAUUUUCUCUGUUGCAUACAUGCCUGGCAUCUGUCUCCCUUUGUUCCUGACUGGUGGGCCCCGCGUGGGGCUCUGAGCAGGCUGAAUCUGGAUUCUGGCAAUAAAAGUACUCUGGAUGCUG